AUGUUCCGUCAAGCAGGGCAGUCGGUUCUGUCGCGCGCUGGACGCAGGGCGUUCUCUUCAUCCGCGUCACGGAAGAGCUAUGACGAUACAAUACGCAACCUCUUGAUCCACAAGGACACAAAAGUCUUGUGUCAAGGCUUGACUGGCAAGACUGGUACUUUCCAUGUCCGUGAAGCGCUGGCGUAUGGAACGAAGAUGGUUGGAGGCGUCUCGCCUAACAAGGCUGGGCAGACUCACCUCGGUUUGCCUAUCUUUGGGUCUGUUCGUGAAGCAGUGAAAGAAACCCAACCCGAUGCAACCGUCCUCUACGUCCCUCCACCCACUGCCGCAGACGCCAUCAUCGAAGCUAUCGAGAACGAAAUCUCCCUCAUUGUGUGUAUAACCGAGGGUAUUCCUCAAGCCGACGAGAUUCGGGUUAUGAACGCUUUGAAGAGCCAGUCCAAGUCGCGUCUUGUCGGGCCCAACUGUCCCGGAAUCAUCAACCCACUCGGCUGCAAGAUGGGCAUUCAACCCGGUCACAUCCACAAACCAGGCAAAAUCGGCAUUGUCUCCCGGUCCGGUACACUAACCUAUGAAGCCGUUGCUCAAACCACCGACGUCGGCCUGGGUCAGUCGUUAUGUGUUGGAAUUGGUGGUGACCCAUUCCCUGGAACUCAGCAUGUGGAUGUGAUCAAGGUGUUCCUUGAGGAUCCCAACACUGAGGGUAUUGUUAUCAUUGGUGAAAUUGGCGGCACGAUGGAGGAGGAAGCCGCCGAGUACCUCGCUCAGUAUAACAAGACCAGCGCCAACCCCAAACCCGUUGUUGGCUUCAUUGCAGGCCGCACCGCUCCCCCCGGAAGGCGUAUGGGACACGCUGGUGCUAUUAUUUCUGGUGGAAAGGGUGCUGCCAUCGAUAAAGUCAAGGCAUUGGAAGCUGCAGGUGUCAUCGUCACCGACAGCCCCGCCAAGAUCGGUUCAGAGAUGUUGAAGGCAAUGCAAGCGGCCGGUUUGGCAUGA